AUUAAUUCAAGAAAAUGGCACCUAUUCCCACAUCCGCAUCCUUCAAAAACCACCGCGCCCCAACUCUCCCUUCCCCCGCCGAAAUCCGAGCCCUCAAUAUCGCAACCAACAAACCUUCCGCCACAAGCUUCAACUGCCCACCACCAGUCUUAAUCCCACCAUUGGGUCUGGCUGUCAAAUAUGGCGCAGAUGUAACAAUUCUCGAAGCCGAGACACAGGUAAUGAUCCGUGAGAAACUACAAGGCCGCAUACCUGUUCCUGAAGUCUUUGGGUGGGAGGAGGAUGGGGAGCAGGGGUUUCUUUAUAUGGAGCUGGUUGAAGGGGAUACGCUAAUGAAGAGAUGGAGUGGGUUGAGCGAGGAUGAGAUAAGGAGUAUCUGUGGGGAGCUUAGGGGCACAAUGGAGUUGGUUAGGAGGUUGGAGCAGAGUGAUGGGCCUUACAUUGGCAGUCUAAACAACCAACCCCUAAAAGACCUCUUCCUCAUACACCACCCAUCUCUCAAAGGCCCAUACUUCGGCCCGAAUGCCAUCGACCAAUUCCAAGAAACCUGCGGCCUCUGGACCACCAACACCAACCAAACCCCCAUCGUCUUCACACACAACGACCUCCUUCCACCCAAUAUCCUCAUAUCAGCAGGCCCAAACCCAAAAGUUACUGCUAUUAUCAACUGGGCGCAGGCUGGUUGGUACCCUGCUUACUGGGAGUACUGCAAGGCGCGAUAUAUUAGGGUGAAUCCGGGGUAUUUUAGUGAUGCCGCGAUUGCGGAGUGGAGGACCAAGUAUUUGCCGUUGAUUGUGGAUGCGGUGGAUGAGGAAGAGGGGUAUCAUCCUUGGCUUUAUUUUGCUUUGUCGAAGAGGCCUUAGUACGGUGUCUUAGUAUGACCACUGGUGAUCAGCCGACGUUCGAUUGAACUGAGCAUUCGGGGUUAUACCCUCUAAACUGCUAGGCCAUGGCAAAGGUGAUACUGACUAGCCAGAGCAGAACUCUGGUAGACUGCGGAGUUCCGCUUCGCCUUCCAUCUUGAGGCCGCUAUAAGGCUGGAGCAAUUUGCCUUGACGGCGCCAAAGGCUAAUCCAUCAGCUGCCAUAACCGAGACGUCAUUCAAAAUAUAUAGUCUGGCGCAAUAUGAAGGAGAAGAGGAGAAGCAAUAAUUGCUUGUGACCAACCAUAAAGUCGAACCGCUGUAUCUCAUUUUCCUUUAAACCCCACUGCCGUGAUCCUCCUGAAUGCAUAUAACACUGCCCUACUUA